AUGUAUCACGAAAUUUGGAUUAUCACCGUGGUGCUUUUCGUACAACAGAGCCAUUCUGUUGAUAUCGCACCCCAAAGUGUAUCGAUUCCGAGAGUUUGUCUAAACGGUGUGAAAAAUGAAUUGGGCAAUUGUGUUUGCAAACCCGGUUUCGGUGAGUACAGAGGCAACUGUUUUCAAACUACCGCACCUUCGACCUGCCCGUUGAGUUCUAACUUAUGGAAUGGAGUUUGUAAACCAACAUAUCUACCGAGAGAGGAAGUCAUUCCGGCGAUGCAAAAGUACGUUGUUGUACCUCCAUUGCGAGUGCAGCUCGAUCCGGUCUACACGGAGCAGGCAGUUCCAGACGAUGAAGAUGGUGAAGACGAUAACGUGUACACGCCAUCGAUUCAGGAUCAGUAUUUCAACGUAAGCUACCAUAAAAUCGUUAACAACGGCAAUGUUAUUAAGAACGAAACGACUCAUCACACGAAAAACGUGAACAAUUUCAUAGUUCACAUAACUCGCAAAAAAGGGAACGGCAUAAGAACGGUUGUGAUAAGAAAUAAUGAAACAACCGUACAUGAAGAAGAACCUAGCAAGAAUCAAACCGCCAUAAAAGAUGAUGACGGAAGCGAAGAAUUCCUAGAAGGAGCCACUACAACCGAAGCGCCCAUCGCGAAUCGGUCAUGUUGUACGAUCGUUUCGCCAAGAGUUUGCCGAAAGCAGUCGGACGAGUGGGUUUGCUUCCACAGGAAGCAGUACGUAUGCAGCAAGGUUUGCACUGCUAAAACCAUGUAUUUAAAGCCCAAAAAACCAUAUUAUCAAGAUCCUUGGCUGAUUAUGCCACCGAUGUUGAACCCCUUCGCACAAUUAGAUCUCUGCCAGUUCGGCGAGUGUCCACAACCAGAUUGUUCCGGUUGCCUUCAAGGAAGGCGUCGAUGUCAUCCGACGUGCUACACGUACGACUGCAUGCGGGAUAAUAGCUGCCAAUUUAUCGAUCUGGAGGAGAUCUGCAAGAAUAAAACGGAAGGGAUAUGUGGUUUGCUGGGAAAUAAAACCGCCGCAGUGCCAACACCCCAAAACCAAAAAAAGAAAACAAACUCAAUUAAGGAGGGUGAUGCUUAA